AGUACAGGAAGGCGCAAUUCUAAAACCUGGAGGACCACACCUACCUCAUCUUUCAUUGCUUGCCGCAAUCUGCCAUUCCAAUCUUCUUCAAUCCAAGUAUCCAGAGUCAUCAACUCGAGAACACAAGAAAAAAUGGCUCCGCCAGGCGCCCUAAACGCCGAGCCAUCUAAACCGGCAGAACGGAAGAGGCAACACCUUCCACCGAGGUCGUACGCUGACAUCGCGGUUGAGGAGCCAAAAUCCGCACCAAAGGUAAAUUCCACCACCAACGGACCAAAUGGCGCAAGCAACGAGCCUAGCGGGAAGGAGAAUGGAUCUUCUGCCGUACCGAGAACUGCUCCAAUCUUGAAGAUUGUCUCGGCCAUAGCAAAGGAAAAGGAGGCGAGAACAGAACCAGAAAGACAAGAAUCGAACCGUGAAUACACUGCUACUGUAUGAGAUGUGCCCUUCUAUUGAAAACUAGCUAAUCUUUAACAGGGUCUAGAUGAAUCCCAAAAGACGCCUCCAAAGAAGAAGAAUAAUCGCAAAGCUGCGACCCAGAAACUCGGCGAGCAACCCCAACGUACGCGUGCUGAUGCCUCUUCAGAGUAUGCAGAGGGUCACGAAGCUGCUGCUACUCAUUCUGGUAUUCCGGAUAACGACGUUACGGCACAACAUGUUGAAAGUCCAAAGAAUAAGAGCAAGAAAACCGCCGCCAGCAACGUAGUUAAAGAGCCAUCAUAUGGCCAUUCGGAGGAUUCACAAAAUGGGAGCAAAGAUGCCAAUGGUGGUUCGGCACCUAGUAGCAAGGUACAACCGGAAGCUUCUAACACCCCCAAGGGUAUUUCCAAGCAACACUCAACAAUGUUCGAGAAAGUCGAGGGUUCUCAAAACGGAAGCAAGUUAGUUACGGUCAAAUCGGCCUCCGCUGAUGGUAAAACUCAAUCCAAGGAUCAGCCAAAGGAUCCCAAAGUCCCCAAUCGUUCUUCAAAGAAGGAUCAAGAGGAAAGUCUUGCCAGUGGUAAGAUUGCAGGUCAGCGAUGGCACAACAGCGGAAUUCGAUUUGCCCCGAUGAAUGUCCCUCUACAACGUAGACUUCAAACUCUCGUGGUUCUUCUUCAUACACUUUGCAUAGCUAUUUGUGUUUCCCUAUUCUUUUUCCUUUGUGCAAUACCUCUUUUCUGGCCUCUACUUAUUCCAUACAUGAUCUACUGCCUUACUUCUAAAGCAUCAACUUCUGGAACUUUGACCCAUCGAUUGGAAUUCUUCCGCCGUUCCCCAAUUUGGUCUCUCUUUGCGUCAUAUUUUCCUGCAAGGCUACACCGGACCCAGGAGCUUCCCCCUACCAGGAAAUAUAUCUUCGGAUAUCACCCCCAUGGAAUUCUUUCUCUUGGUGCGUUUGGAGCAUUUGCUACAGAGGCUCUUGGCUUUUCGCAACUUUUUCCCGGAAUCAAGAAUACACUUCUAACACUUGACUCCAACUUUCGUAUUCCUCUGUAUCGCGAUUACGCCCUGGCUAUGGGCAUUGCUUCCGUUUCUAAGGAAUCGUGCGAGAACCUUCUUUCGAAGGGCGGUCCCAAUAAUGUAAGAUUUUCUAAGGUUAUUUCCAUCCAGGCCAAGCUGACAAAGUUGUAGGAGGGCAUGGGUCGUGCAAUUACCAUUGUUAUCGGAGGAGCAAGUGAAUCUCUAGACGCUCAGCCAUACUCCCUCAGACUUAUUCUUAAGCGUCGUAAGGGAUUUGUCAAGAUGGCCAUCCGGACUGGAGCCGAUCUUGUCCCUGUUCUAUCUUUCGGUGAAAAUGACCUUUAUGAUCAAUAUAACGUUGAUUCUCAUCCCCGGGUCCACAAAUUCCAACUUCUAGUCAAAAAGGUCCUGGGUUUUACCAUUCCCUUGUUCCAUGCCAGAGGUGUUUUCAACUACGAUGUCGGUCUUAUGCCAUACCGAAGGCCCAUCAACAUUGUUAUUGGCCGUCCAAUCCGAGUUGUACAGGCAGCCAAACCUGAACAGAGUGAGAUUGAUCGUGUCCAUGAGGAAUAUGUGACUGAACUUGAGAGAUUGUGGGAUAUGUGGAAGGAUGAAUUUGCUCCUAACCGCAAGGAAGAGAUGCAAAUCAUGGAGUAGGGUUUCGAUGAAUUGGUGUGUGCGUAGAAUGGAUUCGACGGUAGGUAUUAUUCAUGGGUUAUCCAGGAGUUAUUGGGAAAAGUGGAGAAGGAAGGGAAAGAACAGGAACAAGGAUAUUGGGUGGA